UGUACUGUGUAUCUCAGUGUUGGCGGUACCGUUGAAUCGAAUCGCUUCCUACUUCCAGAUAGUCGCGAAAUAUUUUUAUAUUCGACAAAAAAGAAGAAAAGAAUUUUUUUUCGUUCGUUUCGUUGGUCGUUCAUUUCUUUCUUGUUUUACUUCCCCGUGUAUUCUUUUUGUACAUAAAAUACGUCACACCAACACACACACGAAACCGUGAAAAGAAAGGAAGGAAAAAAUGUUUUAAAUACAAAAAAUCAGAGUUUCUCCCAUAUGUAUUUAACAGGAUCCAAAAGAAGAAAAUUGGAAGAAAAAAAAUAUUCAUUUCAUGUCGUGUCUUGUUUAGUCUCCAUGUCGCUCCAAUGUGUAUUGUGUGUGUGAUGCGGUAUCGUCGCGAGUGUUUUUAGCCUGUGAUUAAAUUAUCAUUUUUUUUGUUAAAUUAUUUUUCGUUCAAUUUGUCUAUGUUCUAAAAAAAACAUAAAUUCCUUCAUAACCCAUCGACAACCGUAUACAGUUUGGUGUUUCAUUUGUUUUUUUCGGUUGUUAUUAUUUUCUAUAAAUAGUUUGCCAUUUUAUCCGGAUUAAAAAAAAAAUAGAAAAAAAAAAUUAAUCGAAACCCAUCAUCCAACCACGUUUAUCAAAAACCAUUGUUACCGAAAUGGGUAUAUAAGAGGAUUACAACGAUACCGAUUCGGAUAACACACCCCGAAAUGUGUUCCUUGUUUAAUUCUUUACUUAUUAAAGUUCGGGUUAUUAAAUGACCAAAGAAAAUGCAAAGUGAAGAGAGCAAAAAAAACCGAAAUAUUUUCGAAUAAGAAAAAAGAUUCAGUGAAUCGUAUUUUCGAGUAAAUACAAAUUUUACGUACACAAAUAUUUUAUAUAUAUUCCGAAUGAAAAAGUUCAUUGACACCGUGAUCGCGCACGCAAACCAACAGAAAAUAUUACAUUUGUGAUUAAAAAAAAUGAAUUUUUUUUUUCGUGUUUGUAUUCUAAACUCGUUAUAAAUACAUAUGACUUGACUGAUGUACAUAGGAAUAACAAUUCAUCAUUUUUAUUGUAAUAACAUGUUGUGUUAUAUAGAAUAUAUAUCUUAAACCGAGAGAUAUAUAUUAUGUACGGUAGAUGUGUAUAGCCGAAAAAUUAUAUUGUAAAAAUGAAGAGAGAAAACAUAUAUAAUACGGACCGACCGACCGAAAAUGAUAAUAAUUAUUGUAGUAAAACCAAAAAAUGUUCUUUUUUUUCUUCUCUUCGUUAUAAAGCCAUUAUGAAACUGUAGUUUUUCUGUGAAUGACGGUACACAUUUAAAACUCAAAAAAAGAAGAAUCGAGUCUGAAAACGCGGGUUUUUGAACGCGAGAAGACAGUACACAUUGGCUGUCAGAUUGUUUUUUCAUAUUACAAAUUUCGCAAAUAGAUAAAAUUUGAUAAAAGAAUCCACUUCGUGUGCCUUAUUUUUCGGACUGUUAGACUGUUACGAACCAAUUUUCGUUUUUUUUUUGUUGCAAACGGAAGAAAAUUUAAAUAUUUUUCGUAAACCAAAAAUGAACCCGAUACAAAAGUGACAACCGAGAUGAAAAGAACCGGGCGCUUUAAAUCAACCACCAUCAUCACAACCAUUUUUUUUAAAUUCAUUUUUCCCAAUUAUUCACUAGUUAUGCACAUUCCUUUGCUCGUUCAGUUAUUUUGUUGUUGUUAGUUAAAUUAGUGUAAACAGGACAGCCAAGGUGUCGUUUCUCUUUCGGCUGAGUGAAACGAUUCGUCAUGAAAUAGGACAAACAUUUUGGCGGUAAAAUUGGGAUCAGAUGAUCUGUUUCUUCUAUCCGGACAUCCGGGGCUGUUGCUGAUUUUUUUUCCCAUUUUUUUUAAGUUAUGCGUGAAGGGUUUAUCGAAAAGAUAGACAAACCUGUGCACUGGGUUCCAGUGAGGUUACAGAGAAUUUUAAUUUUUUAUCGAGCAAACGUAUAAGAUGUCUCGAUUGAAAAUGAUUAGAAGAAAACUUCGUCAAAUAAUGACUUCACCUGUCUAACGGCUCCCAUUCAAAAAGUCUUUUAAUUUGGCGAUAGCUCCUAGAUUUUAUAUUCAUCGAUAAUUUCGGCUCCCUAAGCGCAUCUUGAUUUUGAGGCUCCUAGAGUUGUAAUUUAUCGAUUACCAAAAAUAUUCCCAUUCAUAGUCCUUAAACUUCGUAGAACGAGUCUAAGAAUUCGUCUAGAAACUAGUCAUUUCGUGUCAGAAUUUUAACGUGUGGUCGUUUUGACCGGCAGUCCACUCAAUAAAAUUUGCAAUCAAUUUUAACAGUUUGAUUCAUUGUAAGACCCAUGUAGAUCAUCUUUCAGACGUAGCCUCACUUACGUUUCGUUCAGUCCUUCAUUUGUCUGAGAUUUUCUGCUAUCGUGAAUGACAUGUCUUACCAUGGAUGACAUUUCAAACGUCCUUGAAACAAAUCCCAUUGAAAAUGUUUUAUUGGUUCAUGUAUCACCGAGACAGCAAUCUCAUUUAUCGCCCACACCUCACCCAUUCAAAUUAGGGUUCAAUCAUUUUUUUAGUUCAUUUCAAAGUCACUGCUACUGCUGUCCGGUAGCUUUGGUUUGAACGGCACUUGAACUUUCAUUUAGCUUUCGGUUUCAUUUAUUGUGCUUCACUCGAAUGAGUGUGUCGAGUCGAUUUUUCAGUUUUUUUGUUCUAGAUCUUUUCAAUUCUAAAGGCUGGACUGCUUUUUGAUGAAUGGACAGUAAGAUCUUAGGGGAAAAAGGCUUUGUUCUGACACCAAGUGACCCAAGUGUAGUGAGUUGAUUUUGAACAUUUGAUGUGACGAAAUCGGCGACACAUAUUUGGGACAUGUUAGGAAUCAUGCUUUUCCUCCUUAAAUAAUCUUGUCCAUUGACCCAUGCGAACAAGCGGCAAAAGACGGUCCAACCUUGGUGCUUAUUGCAAUAAGACUCAAUGUAACUCAAUGUAACUCAAUCUCUUUGUUUGUUUGCUUUGAAUAUCGGGCAACGACUUUAAUACGCUCCGGAAUAGUUAAAAAAAAAAAUCUCGAAACCAACUGAAGUGCAAUUGAAGUGAAAACAUUAAACUUCUACAAAACAACAAAAUAAAAAAACAAUUUCGCUCAAAGCUGCUGAGCUGUUAAAUAAAAUGACCGAUCAGUGUAUAAGACUUUUCUAUCCCACUUAACCCUUGCGGGCUGUUCGAAAAUAAAACCGUGACACAAAACAUGGAAAACGAAUUUUCCGAUUUUCUCAGCCAAAAUUGGAAUGAAAAAUUCAAGGCAGCUACAGCCGCAACCCAUCUUGAUCAACUUCAACAAAACCCACGCGAAGUACAAAAACUAACCAACGGAAAUGUGAACACGAACCAUAAUCGACUCUUUCUGGACGAGCUUAGUUCGCUACGAUAUAAUCAACAUCAACAGCAGCUGCAGCAGCAACAGCAGCCACAACAACAACAACAGCAACAUCAUUCACAGCCUAACCGCAACAAUUUGGGUGCAAUUGACAUCAAAGACAUUAAAGUAUCGUAUUCACCACCGCCUGAUUUGCAUCAACAACAAUCACUACGCCCGAAUGCUACCAAUCGUACCUUGAACCCGUCGACAUCUGUCGACAUAAGACUCAGUAAUUUAGUAUCGCCUACGAGUACAUUAAGACUGCCCGAUGACACAACGAUUUCGCGAAGUCAACUGUCCACAUCCAGGGACGGUUCGCAGCAUUUGCAUCCAGCAUCGACCGCAACGACAUUUACGACCAUCUGUUCGUCGGUGGGAAAUGGAAAUCAGGAAAUAGCCGACAGUACAACGCCACCGCCGUCGAUACAGAGUACGAGCAGUUCGGGAACGAGUAUCACAUCAAUGCUGGCGAAUGCUUCGGGUUUGGAGCAUGAUAAGAAGGCAGCUAAUUCCAUCAGAGCCCAAAUCGAAAUCAUCCCAUGUAAAGUAUGCGGCGACAAAUCAUCGGGUGUUCAUUACGGUGUCAUCACAUGCGAAGGUUGCAAAGGUUUUUUUCGGCGGUCACAAAGUUCUGUUGUAAAUUAUCAGUGUCCCAGAAAUAAGCAAUGCGUCGUGGAUCGCGUGAAUAGAAACAGAUGUCAGUAUUGUCGAUUGCAAAAGUGCCUCAAGUUAGGAAUGAGUCGUGACGCUGUGAAAUUCGGAAGAAUGUCAAAGAAACAACGAGAGAAGGUGGAGGACGAGGUGCGGUUUCACAGAGCUCAAAUGCGAGCGCAAAACGACGCAGCUCCCGACAGUUCGGUGUUCGAUACACAAACACCAUCCAGCAGUGAUCAAUUACAUCAUGGAUAUAACAACGGAUAUUACUCGAAUGAAGUGGGCUACUCCAGUCCCUAUGGCUAUUCGCAAUCAGUAACGACACCGCAAACAAUGGGCUACGAUAUAUCGGCCGAUUAUGUGGACAGUACAACAACGUAUGAACCGAGGAGUACGAUAAUAGAUUCAGACUUUAUCGGCGGACACAAUAAAAGUAAUUCACCCACCACACAUCGAACGGUUUCUAUGUCGGAUAUUCGCAUGCCACGAGUAACAAGCAAUGGUGGAGGUAGUAAUAGUGGUCAACAACAACAACAGCAAACCCUGUCGCCCACCACCCAACAACAGUCGCAACAGACACAACAGAGUGCCGCAAGCGGUGGUAGUGGCGGCAGUGGCUCAGCUGCUGUCGUUUCGGGUGUCGUAGGUGGUGGUAAUAAUUCUCAAACCACUAACACAAAUAGCGGUGCGAACAGCACCAUUGUGACCAUAAAACAGGAAUCGUUGGGCAAUGUUGAUAAUCUCGUUGGAAGUUAUGUCGAUUCAACAACAUUUUUACAUUCGCCGGGUAGUCAAAUGGUGAAUCCGAAUCUUGUUCAGAAUAAUAGUGGAUUGAGUGGGAUUGGUGCAGAUUUUCUAGGCAACUCGCUGCGGCGAGGAACACCAUCUGACUGUUGCCAUACCGAUUCGAAUACUAGUACAGGCAAUCAAAUGCAACAGCAAAAUACUCCGAUAACACAAUUGUCCUUUGGCGAGGAUGAUAGUUCCUGUGAUUCACAUACACGCUGGGGUGAAGGUGACAUAAAUGCGGUGCUAAUAAAGACCUUAGCUGAGGCGCAUGCUAAUACAAAUCUAAAGCUGGAUAUAGUGCACGAGAUGUUCAGAAAGCCACAGGACGUAUCCCGGAUACUUUAUUACAAAAAUCUUGGACAGGAAGAUCUCUGGUUAGAUUGUGCUGAAAAGCUGACAGCAAUGAUACAGAAUAUCAUUGAAUUCGCCAAACUCAUACCCGGAUUUAUGCGACUGAGUCAAGAUGAUCAGAUUUUGCUGCUGAAAACUGGUUCAUUCGAAUUGGCCAUUGUUCGAAUGUCUCGACUGAUGGAUCUGGCACAGAACGCUGUCCUCUAUGGCGAUGUAUUGCUGCCGCAAGAAGCCUUCUACACGUCCGACUGUUUCGAAAUGAAAUUGGUUGCGUGCAUAUUUGAGACUGCAAAAAGUAUUGCCGAACUGAAGCUAACCGAAACUGAGUUGGCAUUGUAUCAGAGCUUAGUGCUACUUUGGCCAGAACGUAACGGUGUUCGAGGAAAUACAGAAAUUCAAAGACUUUUCAAUAUGAGUAUGUCAGCAAUACGACAGGAGAUCGAAGCGAAUCAUGCUCCGCUAAAGGGUGAUGUGACGGUGUUAGAUACAUUGCUGAAUAAAAUUCCUACGUUCCGCGAACUAUCCUUGAUGCACAUGGAAGCAUUGAGCAAAUUCAAAUUGGAGCACACACACUGCAUAUUCCCGGCAUUAUACAAAGAAUUGUUUUCGAUCGAUUCGCAACAGGAUUUCACAUAACAUGAGAGCGAUUUGGAUGGUGACGUCGUUGUUACAGCAGCUACAGCUAAUAAGCGAAUUCUCAUCGAAGUCGAUGACGAAGGUGAAUAGAAAUUAUUUAAAGAAAAAAUAAUUUUUUUUUUGUUAUAAAUUGUUAAAUCUAAUGAAAGAGAAGAGGAGGCGAAAAAAAAGGGGCAAGAAGAAAAUGGAGAUGAGGAGGAAAAUUAAUUUAAAAAGAUAAACGGAGAAGUGGAAGAGUGGAACAUUAACGUUUAAGUGUCUCGUAUAAAUAAAAUAAAAAUAAAAAAUGAAAAUUUAAUAUAAAGAAAAAUGAUAAAUUGUGUGAUGCAAUUGAUAUAAUAUAUCGGGGGUUAUGGAGAAAAUGAUUUUUUUGUUGUUUUUUAUUUUGUUUGUUUGUUUAUUUCUGUUGUUAAAAGUGGUGUGUGACGGUCAAAAGUGACAAAAAAGAAAAGAAAGAAAGAGAAAAACCGGUACAAUGUUCGUAAACAACAUUAUUUAUGAAAGAUAAAGAUUUAAAUAUUAUUGUCUGUGAGAGAGUGAUGAAGAUGAUGAGAAACGAAAUGCGUUGACGAAAUAUUUUUUCACUUUUUUCUUUGAAAUUUUUUUUUGUUCGUUUUUUUAAUGAGAAACAAAAAACGAAAUGAAAAUAUCAAUUUCGAUAGAAUAUUACAGGUUAAGUGUAAAAAAUAGAAAUAAAAAA